AUGGAUUGGCUUAGUUUUAUACAAGGACUCGCAUGUUUAGCUGCAGCUAUACAAGAUUUGUUUUCCGGUAUAUCAUUUGGUGUGAUUCCACCGAUUAACUAUGGAUGUAACAGUUAUACGAAGACAUUAGCAUGUUUAAUAAUGAAAGGAUCAACUUUAUUUUCAGUAUUAUACUUUAUAAUAAUUAUUAUUGUUGACAUGUAUUAUGGUUAUUAUGAUGGAUUUAUAUUAACGUUAUCAUUAAUAGCGUUAAUGGCUUUAACAUUUUUACUUGUUUCACUUGCUAAAAAUGAUAAAAACGCACUGGAAAAUGAUUCAUAUUGUUUUGUUAUUCAUCAUAUUUCAGGCAUUAUUAUUAAUAAAAUACACUAUCAAUUACCAACUAGUGAAAUAAAAGGUAGAGUAUUAACAGCAUCAUUAAUAUUAGAAUUAUUACAAUUAUGUUUUUGGACAUUAACUCCAUUUUUAUGGUUUCCUGGUUCAAAAAGGUAUAUAACAAUAUGGAGUUAUGAAUACGCUUGUCUUCUUUCACAUAUUCUUGUUAUUAUAAUUUUCGAAGGUGCACUUUAUAACUGA